AUGACUGAUGGCGACCUACCACCAAACACUGCGCCCUUCUUCCCCAACAUCUUCUACCAGAAUCAAUUCCGCGCACAGCCAGUGUACCCACCCAAGGAUACAGACCUAAGAGGCAGAACAGCCAUCAUCACCGGUGCGAACAGUGGUAUCGGGCUGGAGUGCUGCCGCCAGCUGCUCUCGUACAAGCUCUCGACCCUAAUCCUCGCCGUGCGGUCGCCUACCAAAGGCGAUGCGGCCGCGGCACAGCUGCGGCAGAAAUACCCAGGCGCCGAGAUCAGUGUCUGGGAGCUGGACAUGAGCUCCUACCUGUCCAUCCAGGCCUUCGUCCAGCGCGUGGACACGCAUCUCCCGCGGGUCGACUUCGUGGUCCUCAACGCAGGCGUCAUGAAGGCCUUUGCUAUCGUGCCCAGCACCGGCCACGAGGAGAUGUUCCAGGUGAACUAUCUCUCCCAGGCCCUCCUCACACUCCUCCUGCUUCCCGUCCUCAAGGCCAAGAAGCCGCCGACGGGUCUGCCGGCUCGCCUGACAUGGGUCAAUGGCGCGCUCAGCCUCUUCGCCAAGUUUCCCAACCGCCACAGCGUGCCCUUGCUCCCUUCCUUUGACAAUGAGGAGAUCUUUGCCGACGGGGAGUGGUACAACACGAGCAAGCUGCUGGCGCACUUCUUCGCCUGGAAGAUCGCCGAGUUCGUGUCGGCUGAUGAUGUCAUUGUCAGCGUGACGGACCCUGGGUACGUCCGUGGGACCGAGCUGGCUAGCGAGAAGAAGGAAGAGAUGAUGAACAUGAGGGGAGCGUUCGUUCUCAAGCGUUUCAUGUCGCUUUUUGAAAAGAUGGCACGGACGCUGGAGGAUGGGACGUCGACGAUUGUGGAUACGGUGGUGAACAAGGGCAAGGAAGCUCACGGGUGUUAUGUCAUGGGUUGGCGAAUCGCGCCGUUUGCUACUAUGCUUUAUGGGCCUGAGGGUGAGGAAAUCAGGGAGCGCCUGUGGCAGGAGACUGUGGACGAAUUCAAGUUUGCGAACGUUGAAGAGAUUUUGAGCAUCAUGAAGGCGUCCAAGGAUAGCAAGGCUGCCUGA